AUGCUGAAGGAGCUCCAGGUGUCCCUGUCGCUGGUCCUGCUACUUGCCUGUGGCUUUCUCUACCGGCUCAGCCUGAGGUCCCGCUGCCUCUUCUCCUGUCUGCCUCCUUUCAAGUCCCCCCAGGGGUCCGAGGACCUCUUGCGUCAAGGCCGCAGUAUAGUAUUCAUAGAGACCUCCGAGAGAAUGGAGCCCACGCCCCUGGUCUCCUGUGCCGUGGAGUCUGCAGCCAAGGUUUAUCCCAAGCAACCAGUGGCUUUCUUCAUGAAGGGGCUGAGUAAUGCCACCCAACUGCUCCCCAACUCCAGCUACCCAGCCUUGUCCCUGCUCUUGGCCAUCGACAACGUUUUCUUCUUCCCACUGGACAUGGAGAGACUGUUUGAAGGCACCCCUUUAUAUGCGUGGUACACUCACAUCAACAGCGACAAGGAGAAAUACUGGCUGCACGUCAGCUCGGACGCGUCGCGCCUGGCCAUCAUCUGGAAAUACGGCGGCAUCUACAUGGACACGGACAUCAUCUCCCUCAGGCCCAUCCCGGAGGCGAACUUCCUGGCGGCGCAGGGCUCCCGCUCGUCCAGCAACGGGGUGUUCGGCUUCGAGCCGCGCCACCCUUUCCUGUGGGCCUGCAUGGAGAACUUCGUGGAGCACUACAACUCGCACCUCUGGGGCAACCAGGGCCCCCUGCUGAUGACCCGGAUGCUGAGGGUGAGGUGCCGGCUGGGCGAUUUCCAGGAGCUGGGGGACCUCAAGUGUCAGAACGUGUCCUUCCUGCACCCCCAGAGGUUUUACCCCAUCCCCUUCCGGGAGUGGAGGCGUUACUACCAAGUGUGGGACCCCCCGCACCCCAGCUUCCCGGCCUCCUACGCCCUGCACCUGUGGAACUUCAUGAACCGCCGGGAGAGGAAGACCGUGCAGGCGGGCAGCAACACCCUGGCCGAGCACCUCUACCGUCAGCACUGCCCCAGGACCUACAGGGUCCUGGUUCGAGGCCCACAGGGCUUUGUGACCAGAGGCCUGGGCCCAAGGACCCCGUAG